AAAACUCCCUCACUAUAUAUUCAUCCAACUUCUCACUUUAAUCUCUCUUCUUACUCUAAAUCAUUCUCUUUCUGUUCAUCAUUUCAUUUUAAGAAAUUUACUACUUUUAGUAAGUUAAUUAAUUAUGGAGGUCGAAUCUCAUUUCUCUUACUCUCUCAACAAACUCGACAUUUCUCGUGAUUUCCGGCUUCCUCCGUCGCCGGAGAAUGAUGAUCGGGAAUGUGACGGAUUUGAAAUGCCGGAGAAGUCGACUGAUGACUCUGCGGUGGAUUCCGGUGACGAGAGCUCUCAUUAUGCGGUGGAAACAGCGUCGUCAGGUGGCGUGUUUAGUGAGAGCGUGGCGGCUGUUAAGCUUCAGAAGGUUUACCGGAGUUACCGGACACGGCGUCGUUUAGCUGACUCUGCUGUCAUCGCUGAAGAGCUUUGGUGGCUGGCUAUUGAUUAUGCGAGAUUAAAUCACAGCACAAUUUCGUUCUUCAAUUUUACCAAACCAGAAACUGCUGUUUCUAGAUGGAAUCGCGUGAGCUUAAACGCUUCUAAGGUUGGGAAGGGACUAUCCAAAGACGCAAAAGCACAAAAACUGGCCUUUCAGCAUUGGAUUGAAGCCAUUGAUCCAAGGCAUCGUUAUGGUCAUAGCUUGCAUUUGUAUUACGAAGAGUGGUGCAGGACAAAUUCUGGUCAACCAUUUUUUUAUUGGUUGGACAUUGGAGAUGGCAAAGAUCUUGAUCUUGAAGCUUGUCCAAAGUCAAAGCUUCGACAACAGUGCAUUAAGUAUCUAGGACCUCAAGAGAGAGAACAUUACGAGUAUAGCAUUAUUGAGGGAAAAAUUGUUCACAAACAGACUGGAAUUCUCCUUGAUGCAUCCGGGGAGUCAAAAGGAGCCAAGUGGAUAUUUGUCUUGAGUACUGCAAAGAGGUUGUAUUGUGGAGAGAAAAAGAAAGGAAAGUUUCAUCAUUCAAGCUUUUUGGCUGGGGGUGCUACGGUAGCUGCGGGAAGGCUUACGGCGGAGAAUGGAGUUCCGAAGUCUAUUUCUCCAUAUAGUGGUCAUUACCGGCCAACAGAAGAUAGCUUUGAAGUCUUUCUAUCCCUUCUCAAGGACAAUGGGGUGAACCUUGAUGGUGUCCAGAUAAACAAAGCAAGUGAAGAUUCUGAUACAUAUGAUGAUGCCAAAUUAAGUGGAAGUAAGAUUUUAAAUGAAACUCUCAGCAAGUUGAAGCCUCCCAUGAUUGAAAUUCCAAUGGAACAACCGCCACUUCCAACCUCGAUGUCACCAGAAGCUAAGCAAACUGAAACCAGAGGCGAAUACAAAAGAACUUUAUCGGGGGGACUCCAAAGCCCUCGGGCUGAAGUGCCGAAGAAGGCUAUUUUGCACAGAAUCAAUUCGAAGAAGGCAGCAAAAUCAUACCAACUGGGGAAUCAGCUGUCACUGAAGUGGUCAACAGGAGCUGGUCCAAGAAUCGGUUGUGUUGCAGAUUAUCCAGCAGAAGUUAGAGCACAAGCUCUGGAAUUCGUAAACUUAUCUCCGAAAAUCUCUCCCACUCGGUCUCACUACAGACAAUUCGGUGGUCUGACAUCACCUACGACUGAACCCACUGCAGACAGUACAAAUGGUGAUGGUGAAAAUUUCCUUCUAAUGCCUUCUGCCUAAUGUAGGUAGCUAGUCAGUUCCUUAUGUCACAUUACUAAUAGCAUCUUAUUUUACCGCGUUUCAUUAUUAUUAAAUUUUAUAGUCAAUUCGCAAUCUUAGAAUCUGUAAUGGUCAUAUAGGGACAGCUAAUUGUCGUAUGAUCAAGAUUUUGGUGCUAAGGUAGGCCAACUUAUGUUGUGUUUUGACUCUGUUGAAUCAUAGUGUGAAGGGUUAUGGAUAA